CAGCGUCCUACUUUGUCCCCAUUAAUCUCUCUCUCUCUACUCUGGUUCUAUCUGUGCGACUGAGAAAUCAAACCAUGGAGGAUCACGAUGAUUGGGGUCUCCAGGCGGUGGUCAGAAGCUGCGCAGCCACCUCCUCUUCCUCCGCUACCAUCAACACCAGUACCACUUGCUCUGUAGAUGAUUAUUCUUGGCUCAGCUUUCAAGCACAAGAAGAAAAUCUGUUUCCACGCUUUCCAGAUCUGCUUGAACCAAGAAGUGGGAGUAUUGAGGAGUUACAUGAUCUAUAUAAACCAUUCUUUCCCAAAACACCACCUCUUUCUCCACAAAUCAUACCCAUAUCACCCUUUUCUGUUCUUGGAGGAAUACAAGAUCUAUCACAACCACAACAGCAAAAACAACAAAAACAAGAACUACUUCAAGCAAAGCAGCCUGUUCUUGGUGGCUCUAGAAGUACAAUAGCUGGUGGGUCUACUGCUCAAACUCCAAGGUCAAAAAGAAGGAAGAAUCAAUUGAAGAGGGUUCGUGAAGUGCCAGCAGAGGGUUUAUCAUCUGAUACAUGGUCUUGGAGAAAGUAUGGGCAAAAACCCAUCAAAGGCUCUCCUUACCCAAGGGGUUAUUACAGAUGUAGCACCUCAAAGGGUUGUAUGGCCCGAAAACAAGUGGAGCGAAACAGAUCCGACCCGGGUAUGUUCACUGUCACCUACACAGGCGAACAUAACCACCCCAUACCCACUCACCGGAACUCGCUAGCCGGAGUUAGCCGCCAGAAGCCUACCAGCUCCCAAACCGUCACCGCCGAUGAGACCAUCAAACCCUCUUUCUCAUCUCCAGUCUCACCGGCGGGUAGUCUCUCUCCGGCGACGGAAAAGACGGAGAGCAGAGAAGAGAGAGAAGACAACUUGGAGGUAGAAGAUGAAGAUGAUGGGUUAUUGGGUUUCUCUGAUAUGGCCAUGAGUGAUGAUUUCUUUGUGGGUUUGGAGGAACUCGCCGGCCCGGCCGACAAAGAUUGCUCUCCCGAUCACUCGCCGGCGAGUUUGCAAUUCCCUUGGUUGACAAACAGUGCUACGACCACCGCCGCCAGCGGUCAUUGACUUUGCUGCAAUGGUGACACGUGACAGUGGGCGUGAAAUGAUGCUUUUCUUCGCAUUCACUUUUCUUUCCAUCUUUUUGUACGAGAGAGAGAGAGAGAGAGAGAGAGAGAGAGAGAAUCCACCAACACAAAGUAUCUGCCAAUUGCAAUGUCAUUGUUCGUGUAAUAGGCAGUCCUGAAGAAAAAGAA